ACAUGGGCGCCUCCUCGACCCAACGAAGCAAGCACCUCCUAGCCCCCAGGGUCAACGCCCCUCGCACGCGCGCCUACAAUAUAUAACCCCAUCCGUACUCCUCCAUCAGAUCAAAGCACAACCUCGCAACCUAUCUCCUCUGAUCUGAAGCAGAGUUGGAGCCUAAAGCCUGUAAGCUAGCCAGAAAAGCUUAGAAAUCAACGCGGCGAUGGCACGGCACGGUCUGGCUGCGGCCCUCCUGGUAAUGGUGGUCCUCGCCGCCGGUUGCUGCGCGCCGGCGAGCGCCGCGGCGUACCUCUCGAAGCUGCCCGUGGCCCUCGACGUCACCGCCUCCCCCAAGCCCGGCCAAGUUCUGCACGGCGGCGAGGACGUGUUCACGGUGACGUGGUCCCUGAACGCGACGCAGCCGGCGGGCGCGGACGCCGCCUACAAGUCCGUCAAGGUGAGCCUUUGCUACGCGCCGGUGAGCCAGAAGGAACGCGAGUGGAGAAAGACCAACGACGACCUGAAGAAGGACAAGACAUGCCAGUUCAAGGUCGCCCAGCAGCCCUACGCCGCGGGAUCCCAAGGCAAGGUCGAGUACCGCGUCGCCCUCGACAUCCCCACGGCCACCUACUACGUGCGCGCCUACGCUCUGGACGCCUCCGGCACGCAGGUCGCCUACGGCCAGACCAAGCUCGCCGACGCCUUCGAGGUCGUCAGCAUCACCGGCGUCACCACCUCCAUCAAGGUCGCCGCCGGAGUGUUCUCGGCGUUCUCCGUCGUCUCCCUCGCCUUCUUCUUCUUCAUCGAGAACCGCAAGAAGAACAACUAGGCCGCCCGCCCGAGAUGGAUUGAUAAUGCAACUUGCCAAGGUGUUCGUCCGCGCGUGCGCGACUUCCGGCCGGCGGUCUUUAAUUUACGGCAGUAAUACUAGACGAGACUGUACACGUAAAUGUUUGUUUUUGCUUUUGCGCCGACGCAUCCAUGGGUGCCGCGACGACUACCUUUGAUGUAUCUCUCCUCCUGCCUUUUUUGUUGUGGAUGUGUAAUGAAAAUUUUGAAAUAACUGGGCUGCGACAAGUUUGUCUUGCCUGAUUCCUGCCCUGA